AUGUCAGAAACUUAUGUUGUACUAGGUAUUAAGAAAGCUAUGAAAGAUUUACUAACAAAUUCCAGAGAAGAAUUUCCAGCUAUUUGCAGUCGUUGUCUAGGGAGUGAUGCUCAUGUGAAGAUGAUUAGACAAGCCAAUGGUGCUGAAUGUAAGACUUGUACUCGACCAUUUACAGUUUUCAUGUGGAAGCCCGACAGGACCACGAAACGACACCUGAAGACUAUAGUGUGCCUUACGUGUGCACGAUCCCGGAAUUGUUGCCAAGCAUGUAUGUGUGACAUUACAUAUGGGAUUCCACUUGACAUUCGAGAUGCUGCUCUCAAAAUGGCAGGGAUUAAUCCUGAUCAACGUGGAUUAGCGGGAGCUACCACAAAGAACCGUGAGGUAAAGGCAAUCAUGGCAGAUAAGCAAGAAGCCAAGUUCCAGAAACAGGACGAGGAUGGCGACGACAGUAGGAAUGAAAUGGCUCACGAUAUACUUGUUAAAUUAUCACAGAGACUAGAUGCGUCUAAUAACCCAACUUUCAAAAAGAGUGCUGCUAGAGACACAAAGAACUCAUUAGAUGUGAAAAAGGUGGAUAUAUCUAAAAUAUUGGCAAGACUACCAUUUGGUGGGGUGAUUAGCCCACCACCAAGUGACGAAUCAAUUGCCUCAUUCUUCAUAUUCGGUAUAAACGAUGAUGUUCCACAGUAUGCAAUUUCCGAUUAUUUAUCACAAUUUGGUAGGGUAAAGAACAUAUCGGUAAUACAUAAGGCAAGAGCAGGGUUUGUCAGUUUCACCACAAGACAAGCUGCUGAGGCAUUUGCCGCUUCCAUCGAUUCGAAUGGUCUCAACGAAAACAAAACCACUCCAGGGUUACUUAUACUAGAGGGGAAGCAUGUGAUGCGAGUAAGUUGGGGUAAACCAAAGAGUCUUGGGGUCACUAAAGAGGAACAUGGUAAGCUUAGUUUGGUGGUGGCGAAAGUUUUGAAACAAUUGGCUGACAAAGACCAAGCUUCCACCAAGAAACACACACAAGAAACUAAGACCAAGACCAAGCCGAAGAAGGCUCUAACUACAAAGAAAAAUGAUACACAAGAGUAUAAAAGUCUUAGUGCCGAUUAUGAGUUGUAA